UUAUUAUUUAAUCAUAUGAACUUGCGAAACAAAUUAGGAUUUAAGGGAGCUGUGGAGAAAAUCAGACUUAUUCCUCAAGAUAUCUUUGCAGAAAUUUGUCAAGAUGUUGCAGGUUUCCUCCAGUACAGCGUCCCAAUGAUCCCUACAGAACAACAUCAAAAGAAGCUACAAGAUGCAGGAGUUGACUGUGAUGCUAAGCUUAUUUCAAAUGUUGUUAGUUACAUUUUUAGGUCUGCUGCCAAAGCUAAUUCUACCACAAACCAAAUUGUAGAAGAAUUAAGUGCUACAAUGAUUUGGGAUGAGCCUUCGCUUGCUGUUGUCAAGCAUACAUGGAAUGAGCAUGGAAAAGUUUUGUGCAGUCCAGAUCUCUUACAGAUAUUGAAUAUUGGUCAAUUGAUUGAUAURAAGUGGAAGCUAAGUGUUGGAAUGGGAUCAAGUUUUUGUAAAAAUCUAAAUGCRCCAUACAUCACUGUCAUGGUUACUGUGUCAGACUCAUCAGGAAAUCCUGUUACUAAUUCCUUUGAGAUGACAAUAGGGGAGUUCAAGAAAUUCUCAAACCAGAUGAAAGAAAUGGCAUCAAUGAUUGAGACUGUUUAGCAGCCUAGCCUUAGAAUCAGAUAAUAAUUCAAUUAUUAAAUCAAAUAGUCCUACACUUACCACAAAAUAUCAUAAAUUUUUUACUUCACUGUAAAUAUUAUUUGAAUAAAGAUUAUCUUUUAAGAAA